CGGGCCAUGCCCGGCGGCGCGGCCCCAUGGAGCCAUGGCGCAUAGGGCGCCGAGCGGGCGGGCCCCGGCUGCGGCUCCGUCCCGGCGGCUGGCGCGGAGGGUCCUCGUCCUCUUCACGCUGUCACUCUCCUGCUCUUACCUCUGCUACAGCCUCCUCUGCUGCUGCGGCGGCCCCGCCGCGCCCCGCGCCCGCUGCGCGCCCGCCGCCCGCAGCGCCGCCGCCAAGAAACUUCUGCAGAAGUCUCGGCCGUGCGGGCGGCCGCCCCCCGCCGAGCCCCCUGGCAGCGCCGCGCCCGCCCGCCGCCCGCGGGAGCCCCCCGCGCCGCCGGCCGGCAGCCCCCCGGGGCCGGGCAGCCCUCCGGGGCCGGCCCGCCCGGGCUCCAAGCGCCUGCCGCAGGCCAUCGUGGUGGGCGUCAAGAAGGGCGGCACCCGCGCCGUGCUGGAGUUCAUCCGUGUGCACCCCGACGUGCGCGCCCUGGGCACCGAGCCCCACUUCUUCGACAGGAACUACGACCGCGGGCUGGAGUGGUACAGGAGCCUGAUGCCACGAACGCUCGACAGCCAGAUCACAGUAGAGAAGACCCCCAGCUAUUUUGUCACCAAGGAGGCACCACGGCGCAUCUUCAACAUGUCCCGGGACACGAAGCUGAUCGUGGUGGUGCGGAACCCGGUCACCCGCGCCAUCUCGGACUACACGCAGACCCUCUCCAAGAAGCCAGACAUCCCCACCUUCGAGGGGCUGUCAUUUCGCAACCGCAGCCUGGGUCUGGUGGACACCUCCUGGAACGCCAUCCGCAUUGGGAUGUACGCUGUGCACCUGGAGAGCUGGCUUCAGUACUUCCCCCUCUCCCAGAUCCACUUUGUCAGUGGGGAGAAGUUGAUCACGGACCCAGCUGGGGAGAUGGGCAAAGUCCAGGACUUUCUGGGCAUCAAACGGGUUAUCACAGACAAGCAUUUCUACUUCAACAAGACAAAAGGCUUUCCUUGCCUGAAAAAGUCAGAGAGCAGCGGCUUGCCUCGCUGCCUGGGCAAGUCCAAAGGCAGGACUCAUGUGCAGAUAGACCCUGAGGUGAUCGAGCAGCUUCGGGACUUUUAUAGACCUUAUAAUAUCAAAUUCUAUGAAACAGUCGGGCAGGACUUCAGGUGGGAAUAAGCGCUGGGGAGCAGAGCUGCGGUGACGCGAGGCUGCAGUCUUCCAUGAGAGGGGCCCAGAGGUGCCAUAUCCAGGAGCCCCCCACCAGUCUGUCCUGCCCAGAGUCCACAUGCAGAGGCAGGCGAGAGGUUUCACCAGCCCUCAGGAGGCCAGGGCACUCCAGGGUGAGCCAAGAUGGGGGAACACACACAGUCUUGCUGCAAGCACUGAGGGGAGAGUGCCCAGCAGACACUGCCUGUCCUGGCACACCAUCAGUGCCAUGACUUGCUCCAUGGAGUCCCAUUUGCUUUUACCACCACAUGGUUCCCAGGGCCAUGGUGAUGGCCCUGUCCUGUAGCCCAUGCACAGGCUGCUCCAAAGCACGUCCUGCCUCUGUGUCCCAAGGCAAAUGGGUGCUCCCAGACACUCAUGACUGCAGACAGUGGCUGUAGGGCUGUCCCUGUGAGGCCACGUCCUGCCACGGUGCUGGGGCGGGCAGAGCUCCAGCCACUCCGCUUUGCCUUUUGUCACGUAAGCGCGGUGUGUAACCAUGAGGACAGUGAGAUGUAUCUGCUUGAAAAAGAAGUCUAUGAAAAAUGUUAUACCGAUAUUUUGUCCUGUGAAUAAAGCACAGAAUCCUGCUGUUACGGGUACUUUAGUGGCACUAGUUUCCUUGUUCAGCAUGUGAUCCCUUUGUGUAAAUAAAAGCGGCU